AGGCAGCGGAUGAUGGAAUUCCUGAUGCGCAAUUGCGUUACGCAUUCUCUCUGACAAAUACGCCAGGUAUCAAGUUUACCAAAAAGGUGUUUAACGAAUUCAAAGAAUAUCUCACGAAAGCUGCAGACGGUGGAAAUGUUGCGGCUCAAUAUAACCUGGGUGAUAUGUAUUUUAAUGGAAAAUUACUUUGUCCAAAGGAUCAGGAUUUGGGGAUGAACUAUUUGAGACUGGCGGCUCUCAAUAAUCAUCCAGAUGCAAUAAAAACUUUAAAAGCAAAAGGAAUUAGUUUAUAG